CUGCACCGCAUCUGUUCCUACCACCUCCAUGUUCGUUACGUCUGCUUGAUUGGUCUUGCUUUCCAGAUACCUGCCGCCAUCGCUCUUCACGAUGCCUGCUGGCUACGCACCGCUCCCCAAUCCCCGUUCUGAGCCGGAUGCAGACCGGGAGCUGGAGGAUGCGUUCGACGACCACGAAGACGACGAGCACUCGCCCAACGAAACGACCCACCUGACGCACCGGUACCCUGUUAAUUCACAUCCUCUCUCCGUAGAGUCGACCCUUCCCCCAGCAGGAACACCCCAACCACCGCGUGGGGCGUACGACUUUGAGCGUGAGUACGAGUAUGACUUCCCGCCACCGGGUUCCCCGCCAUCACCAUCUGCCUUCGCCCUCCCGAACGAAAUCGGCAACUCGAACGGCCAGCUGCCUGCGACGCCCCAGCUUCCGGAGCCGCCAAAGCCGUCGUUCUUCCGGCGAGUGGUGGGCGUGCUGCUUCCACAGCACUAUGCGAGGGUGCCGACAGAGGCGAGCGCUGCGUCUGCGCCGAGGGGCGGUGGGGUCGAGAACGACGGCGUCUUUGCAAACGUGAUGGCGAAGCCUGCGCGGCCGGUCACAGUGACAAACGAGAAUGGAGAGGUUAUCAUGGUCCCGGAGGAGUCGCAGAACGAUCUACCACCGUCAUACCAGGAGGCCCAGGCAGACGCUGUGCCGCCGUACUGGGAGACGACGGUCAUGGCGCCGGCAAUCAUGUCCAUCGGCGGGGACAUGAUCGUGGACGACCUGCCCACGGGCUCCUUGAUCUUCUUCGUCUCGACCGCAUUCGUCUCCUACUUCUUCCAGUUCGUCGGCUUCGUGCUCACGUACCUCCUGCACACCACGCACGCUGCCAAGUACGGCUCGCGCGCGGGGCUUGGGCUCACGAUGAUCCAGUAUGGGUUCUCGUCGCGCAUGCGCGCUGCCCAGGACGAAGGCGAGGGCGGGGUGGGCCAGGAUCUCAUCUUGUGGAAUGCGACGACGGGUUUGCCGGAGGUCAUACACAAGACGGGGCCUGGGCAGGCGAUGUUGCCCAAUGGUACGGUGAUCGACAUCUCUGCGGCCGAAUGGAGCAUGGGCUCGCGAGACUGGAUGUCCUUCCUGUUGAUCAUAAUGGGUUGGUUCCUGCUCAUCGCAUCCAUCAUCGGCUUCUACCGCGUAAAGCGGUGGGAGAAGUCAAUCCGGAGGGCGGCCGACCCUCCCACGACGCGCACCAACACGACGGAGCAGGUGCAGCAGGACGCGGAGACGCGCCUCAACAUCGAGCGCGUCUUCGGCAUUUACGACUACAGCGAGCACGCCGAGGCGCCCACGCCGACCACGGCGCAGCUCAGCGAGGCGGAGUCGCGGCUGCAGCGAGAUCUGCGGGAGGCAGGUUUGCUUUAAAUGUGUAUUAGGUUCGGAUGACUUGUUCGAGUGUGCAGACGUUCUGGACGAUUGUACUACUUAUUUAUUUAAGUAGGGCCUUGUGCUAAUGCGAUCGCAGUGGUCACUAUAUCUACUGCCGGGAGAACUAAUGUAGACCUUGCGCAUCACAAUUACAGCGGCAAGAUUUUCUCUG